AUAGCCGGACGAAUUGGACACGUUUACGAAAAAAAAGUUGAUACAUAAUUGCAUGCGGUACUAGCGGGCAACAGAGUCACACUCACAAAGAUGUCACAAAAUCAAUCAUAUUUCUGGCAGACGACCAGACGCAAUGUAUACCUGAAGCGAUCAGCCAAAUGGAAAAUGGCCAUGGCAUUAAUGGUGGUGCUCACAUUCUCCACCAUCUGUGCGGCAGAAUCAAAUCCGGAUGGAGACAAGAAUGCUGCAAUUAUUGCCGAUCUGAAGGAGAAUGUGGAGCAAGAACAGUUACUGAAAAUGGGAACGGCAGUAACUGGCACAGAAGAUAAAUUGGCGGAUAAGGAACGGGAUGUCAACAUAAAGGGAUCAUUUAUCGAUGCUUUUACAGCAUCGAUCUCUGUUAUAUUGUUAACAGAGCUAGGCGAUAAGACUUUCUUUAUUGCUGCCAUUAUGGCGAUGCGCCACCCGCGUUUGAUUGUCUUUGGCGGUGCCAUUGCCGCCUUGGCCCUAAUGACGGUUCUCUCGUGCGUAUUCGGCUUGGCAGCAAACUUUAUUCCUAAGCUUUAUACGUAUUAUAUUUCUACUGCAUUAUUUUUAAUAUUCGGUUUAAAAAUGUUGUAUGAUGGUUACAAAAUGAAACCAACCGAUGCCCAAGAGGAACUCGAAGAGGUCCAAAGCGAUCUGCGCAAGCGUGAGGAUGAGCUAAUGCGCAAAGCGACUCGAAAAUACGAGGAUCCCGAUGCGAAGCGCAAGAACAGCAACUCGGACAAAGAGGAUGCCGGAGAAACGCUGAGCGAAGGCAAAGUGAGCGUUGUGCCCAAGGCAAAUUCCAGCAAUGGCUCCGAGAUGCAGCAUCGCCAACGCAAGCCCACCAGCAACAGUAACAGCAGCAGCAACAACAAUAAUAAUAAUAUUACCACCAAUAACUCAACUAAUGUUAAGCAAACGAGCUGUGAUAAAACUGGCAACGAUGUGGACUAUCAUAACACCGAGGUGCUGCUCAGGGACGGGGGCCGUGUGGUUGAACAAUUGAAAAUGACCACGUUCAAUGGCAGUCCGGCGCACUCGGCAUCGAUCGCCUCAUCAAACCAGACCGAACAAACCCAUUGUGAUAGCCCCCGCAGCAUUGGCAACAACAAUCCGGCUGCUUCAGAGGAGCAGAAUGGCAAAACGGAGCCACGUGCUCCGCUAGCCGGACAUGAUAGCAUGCAUAGUUUAAAUACCAUCGAGGAAGGCGAGCUUAAGACACGGCUGGACCGUGAUGUGAAUACUGCACUGGUGAAUGAUCCGGAAAGCGGACGCCGUGGCAAGGGGCAACGUCGUGGUGCCACCUAUUUUACCAUGCGCAUUCUUGCCCAGGCCUUUACGAUGACCUUUCUUGCCGAAUGGGGCGAUCGCUCUCAAUUGACAACUAUUAUUCUAGCUGCCAGCAAGGACGUCUAUGGCGUUAUUUGUGGCGGCAUUCUUGGCCAUUGCAUUUGCACUGGCCUGGCUGUGAUUGGCGGUCGUCUCGUGGCUUCCAAAAUCUCGGUGCGCACUGUUACCAUUGUGGGUGGCAUUGUAUUUAUUGGCUUUGCCAUUUAUGCGGUUGUCAUGCCACCAGAUGAUCUAUAGAUCUACUCACAUGAUUUAUAUUGAUUGCACACUAGCCCCUUGUUGAUGACCACCACCCCCUAAGAUGAAUUAUUAUGAAUUUUAGUUGUAGUUUGCGAGGAGCAAUAGGCAUUAUAAAUUACUAUUUCUGUUUCAUAUUUGGUUUGUAAAUUUAUAGUUGAAAAGCGCCGCUUGCUAACCCAAAGUGCCUUCAGUGCUUUUCGCUAUAGCCAUGACAUACAAAUUGCGUUGCCAAGCCAAGGAAUUUUUAUGUUUUCGCCAGGCCAAUAACACCAUUUGUAGCAGUCACAUUUGAUCCCAAUCUAAUCAUUUUUUGUCGAAUUAAGUAUUAAAGUUUCUUUUUGUAAAUAUGCAUGCUUGUUAACUGUAUGGCCUAAGCUCCUCUUAAGUAGCUCAUUUCAAUUCCUAAUUUGUAUUUAUGUAGCAAUGUUUACUUAAAAAAAAAACAACAAAAUAUGAGAUAAAAAUGUUUACGGAUGAUUUACGUAAUUUUUUAAAAGAAGAAAAUAGCGAAAGAGCAAAACUAAAUAAUGAA